AAAUAAUUUUAAGUUAUUUUUAAUGUUUAAUAAAGUUUAGUUAUAGAGUUAAGAAAAUGGGUAAUCAACCAGGAAAAGUACACAGCUCGAGAGACAUUUACAAAAGAUCAUUGAAUGGGAAAAAUUCUAUUGGUAUCCCAUCAGCGCCAAGUAAACCCGAAUUAGUUACCAAUCAUGUAAUAGCUUCCGAUGCUGUCACUAUUCGAUGGUAUUACCCAAAUGAUGAAAAUGUGUUGCUUCAAGGCUAUAUCGUAGAACAUCGAAGAAUCGGAUCACAACAAUGGAUGCGCGCAGUGAACAUUUUAAUACCAAAUAAUGAACUUACCAUUAACGGACUCGAUCCUGGUUGGAAAUACCAAUUCCGAGUAAUUGCUGUAACAUCUUUGGGCAACUCGUAUCCUUCAGAGUAUUCAGAGCCCUUGUCUGUCAUGCUUCAACGAAAGACUACAAGUACUGCUCCUUACUUUGUUACAGAGUUGGAGAAUAAAGAAGUGCUUUUACACAGUCCAGUUGAGUUCAAAGUUGAUUUUAAUGGAAAUCCAUCACCUGAAAUUGUUUGGUUUAAAGAUGGCUUUGAAUUACUCGAUGAUGAGCACAAUAAAAUUUUCGUUGAUUACGAAGCGGGUUGCUCAAUGUUGCAAAUUGACAAUGUUGUUUCGUCAGACGAAGGUGAAUUCAAGUGUUUGGCAACGAAUUCAAUGGGCCAAGCAGAAACUAAUGCAAAACUAAUUAUUGAUGAUCCACCGAAAGUGUUACUUUCCAAAAAUUAUGACGAUGGGCUUUUAGCUGAAGCUGGAGAAGUUUUGCGUUUAAAAGUUGCUAUUGAAGGACGUCCUGCUCCAACUGUUAUAUGGACCCAUAAUAACAGGAUGAUCACAUCUGUGGAUCGCUUUGAAAUUAUAACGACAAAAACAAGUUCAAACCUACGCAUUUCCAAUGUUCAAAGAGAAGAUCGCGGAGAAUAUACAGUCAAAGCAUUGAACCGCAGCGGAGAAGAUUCAAAAUCUUUUCUCGUUACUGUCACUUCAAGACCAAGUUCUCCCGGAAAAGCUAUUGUUUCUAAAUGUAUCGGAAAUUCUGCUACAGUUCACUUUACAGAGCCCGAAGAUGAUGGAGGAUGUACAGUUUGUAAUUACAUUAUUGAAUAUAAUCGAACUGGAUGGGAUGUAUGGUUGAAAGCUAAGACAACGAAGAAUCUCACAGUUACUUUGAAUAACUUGAUCGAAGGUUCAGAAUACAAAUUUCGGGUAAAAGCUGAGAACUUGUAUGGAAUCAGUGAACCUGGAGAAGAAUCCUUUUUGGUAUUUGUGCCUGAUAUUAAUCGAGGAGUUUUCUCUCCGCCUCGCAGUCAUAACACUUCGUCAACAAACCUAUUGGGCAGUCCUGUUUUGAGAAGUAGAUCUGUUAGUAGAGCUGGAAGUAGAUCUGCAAGUGUGACAAGAGAAAAAGUUGACAGUGAAACUUCAACAAGACCUGUUGAAGAAGUUAAAAGUCCUGUGCAAAUCAAAAUCGAAGAACCUGAGGAAACUGAACCUGUUGAAGUUGAGAAACCAGUUGAAGUUGAAAAAUCAGUUGAAAUUGAAAAACCAAUUGAAACCAAUUUCGAUUUUGAAAAUGACAAAACAAGUGAACCUCCUUUCAAGUCGAUUUCAGCGCCAAAUAUAGGUACCACAGUAGAAAACCCUUCGCUGAGACAAACUGUGAGCUCAACCUAUUUAAUGUAUGAAAAAGUGAUGCGCGAUCUUUAUCAAACUUUAGAACAAAGAGAUGAAGCUGAAAAAAGUGAAAGUCCAUUCAGCAAGAAGAAAUUACCUUCAAUUGAAACUUAUAACUAUGAACGUCGACAUACUAUUGCCAAUACAGGAAAAGAUCAUGACAUCGAAAUUAAUGAAGUUGAAGAUCCACAAAAUGACAAUCUUUCGAAUUAUGAAAAAUCAGAAGAAAAUUUAAGAUCUUCGAGCUUUAGUAAUGAAAUUAAUAACAAUACAUGGAGCAACAAUCAAAAUCUAUUUUCUUCAAAAGAAGUUUAUGAUUUAAAAGAUGAUGAAAAAUCAAAUGAAGACUUACGGAGUAUAGUUUCUCCUUAUAAGACACCAAAUAAAGGAGAAGCUGUUUACGUUUUAAAUAAACCGCAACAAUCUGAUCCACAGUUCGUACUAAAACCCAUCUUAAAAGGUUCAGGAAUGAAUAGCAAACUAUCUUCUGCCAAAACUUCAAAGGAAACUUUACCAACAGAAGAACCUAAUUUCAUCAAUAAGAUCAACAGUUCUCCAAUGUAUGCAAAUCAAAACACAGAUCGUUCAGAUCGAAUUCAAGAUUUCAUUAAUACUCGUAAAACUUCUGAUUCCUCAAUUAAGGACCAACGUCAAAUGGAAACCACAGAAGAGAAUAGAACUGUAAUUGAUCAUUAUACAUCAAUUUUGAGUGAUAAGAAAAUCUAUAGAAGAAGUUCAGCUGAUAAAGUCCCGUUAUAUUUAAGACCUUCAAUUGAUGACACAGAAUCUGAACCAGAAGAAGAAAAACACGAAGAUAUACCAAAAGAACAAAGCUUAUCUCCUAUAAAUUGGGAUUACAAGCCAAAAACUGUAUUUGAAAGAGAUUCAUCCCGAAAACCUGUUAGAGAUAAAUUUUCUGCUAAAAUUGUUCUAAAAUCAACAUCUAAAAGCCCGAUUCGUCGGCCAAUUACGUCAGAUCUAAACACAAAUGAAAUCCAUCAAAGAAAAAAUUCUAAACCGAUUAAUGAGAAUUUUGCACAAAAGCCAGAUACGAAAAAGGAAAAAUCGAAUGGUUCUGUAGAAAGUGCAGUUGUUACUAAAAAGCAAGUUAAGAGUAAUUUGUAUUACUUAAUAGAUGUUUGUCUAUUUUUCUUUUCAAUUUAUUUAUAUUUCUUUAAAAAUGAGCUACUUUGCAUACCAAUUCUAUUGCUAUUGGUCUAUCGACAAUUUAAAACAAAGUAAAUUUAAAAAAAAAUAAAAUUUUUUCUUAUGAAUUUGUUAAACUUUUAUCUUAUAAUA